AUGCGAAAUCUUUCCGAUUCUGUCAGUGCCCAGUUCUCCGUCCACCCCACGCACGACAAGAAAUCUAACUCGAUUCCAGGUCGGAGCAAGUGCCAUGCGAACUUCAAGAUGAAGCGUCAACCCCGAAAGCUGAAGUGGACCAAGACUCACCGUGCCGCACGCGGAAAGGAAAUGAUUGUCGACUCGUCCCUGGUGCUGUCUCAGUUCGCCAAGAAGAGGAACACACCCGUCAAGUACGACAGAAACCUGGUUGCUGCUACCAUCAAGGCCAUGGAGAGAGUGGAGGAGAUCAGAGCCCGCAGAGAGCGUGCGUUCACAAAACGCAGGCUGGGCGGCAAGCUGGCCCGCGAGCGCAAGCGCGAGGAAGACCGCAGGGUCGUUGCGGAGGGCGAGCACCUCAUCCGCAAGGAACUGCGGGAAAGAGAAGAGGGCCAGUCUUUGGAUGUCAGCAAGAUUUCAAGCAGAGUGGUCGGCGAGGAGCAGCUCAGACAGAAGAAGAAGACAAGACUAUUGGUGGAUGGAGGCGUCGAGGAGGAAAUGGACCUCGACUAG